AUGCCGAGGUCAUUAUCAACCGAAGCGCAGCAUUUGUUGCGAGCACUGUUCAAACGUAAUCCAGCUAAUCGCCUAGGAUCGUCGCCUGAUGAUGUGAAACAAAUUAAAGCACAUCCCUUCUUCAGUACCAUCGACUGGAACAAGCUGUACAGGCGUGAAGUUGAAACACCGUUUAAGCCGCUCUGUACGCCAAGCAAUCAGACCUGUUGUUUCGAUGUGGAAUUCACCAGGAAGACACCUCGCGACCUGUGA